AUGCUGAUGGUGAUGGAUGCGGGAAAGAGACGGGUGUGGACCACAGACGCAGACCUUCCUCGGAGCGCCCUCGUCUCUGUCCCCAUCGGUCAGACUGCGGAGGCUUUGGCUGUGAGGGCCGCUGGGGUUUACACGUGGCCCUCCCUGGUGGUUUCCUCUCGUGCUGGCCUGUCCCUGGGGCCCCUCACCUCAGCUGCUCCUCCCUGCCCGGGGCCAGGACACAUCAAACCAAUGGCAGCCCACACAGCACUAUUUCUGGAGCUUCCAUACGCAGAUGACGGCUUUGUGAACUGCUGA